UACUGCAGAAACAUGGAGCAACAAAACCCCAAAUUACCGAUUCCUCGAAUGCCUUCCACAUCUCAAAAAACAUUUAAAAAGUUUAAAAGCCCUUCUUCAAAAGUGGCUGUAAGACGUUUGAGACAGUCGAGUAGAAUUUACAUUGGAGACUGUUUUACACACGAUGGAGAGAUUUUCGUGAUCUACACGGCCUGAAAAUGGAUGAAGAGUUGGCAAAGUAUCUUUUAGACAGUCAUCAGUCCAAAUAUGAAGCAUCAACAUCUACACCAUUGAAGCGCCAACUGUGUAUUUCUCCAACACCAGUGCCAGCUCUGUCUAGCAUUCAUGGAGAAUCAUCUGAAAGGGAUGAUAAUUUGGAGGAGGUGAUGGAACAAGGUGAAACUAAAAAAGAAGGAUCUUCACAAAUGUUAUCUUGUGUGGGAAUUGAAGCAAACAUUGACGAGGAAGAGUUCAACAAUAUUCAAAACUCUGUGAUAGAGUCAUCAGAUGACACAUGGUCACCAAACAGAGAAACAGAAGUUGAUUCGUCUUCAGAGGAGGACGAAACCAUCGAGAUGGACAGCGGUACUGAUGACAGCGGUGAUGAGGACUACACACCUUAUAUACACAUAAGGACUGGAGCAGCAUUACAAAAAACAUUACAACUUGAGACUCUGCAAGAAAUUAACAUAGAGGAUACAGUUCAUGACUGUAGUAUCCCAGAAGCAACUGACCGACGUUUGACAAGCAAGAAAGGUCUUCCUCAACGCUACAAGCUAAGGCCUGAGGAUCCAAGGUGUUAUGGUUUGCUGUCCGGAGUUCCUGCACCAUCAACAGAGGAACUUCUACAACACCUACGGACUUGCGGUGAUGGUAAAAUAAAACAUUAUGUGCCUUACAUCUUCCACACAAUAGUCCAUUGCUAAUUGAGUUUAUUUUUUAUUUACAGGUAAAACUUUGCCACAGACAUAGGUGUUGGGGGAGGCAAGAGAAAACCCAAAACCUUCUUUAUUUUUGUUUCCUGUGUUUUUUUUUUGUU